AUGAGGUGGAUCCAGUCUAAUGAGAAGGAGAGGCUGAAGAUGAGAAUUGCUGUUUUGGAGGAGAGUGUUAAGUCCUCUGAAGUGGAGUGUAAAGCCAGCAGAGAGACGGUGCUGAGGCUGGUGGCAGAACUGGACCGAGAGAGGAGGAAAGCGGCCAGCAGUGCAGCAGCACUCGAUUCACUCAAAGUGGAGUUAGAUGGCCUGGUGGUGGGAAGGAAGAGUGUUGAGAUGGAUAAGGAAACCCUGCUGGAGAGGCUGGAGGCCAGCAAGAGAGUGAUAGAGGCAGCUAAGCGAGAGUCAAACUGUUUGGAGAAACAGGUGGAGGAGCUUGAAAGAAAGCUACAGUCAACCCAAGGAGAGACUCAGGCAGCUGAAGACAAACUACAGAUGUUCCUGAAAAAGGUGGCAGGCCUGCUGCAGGUGAAGUCUGAUGAUGUCAUCCUGCCCACAGAGAAAGAGGUGUUACAGAAACUGGAUAAGACCGUGUCAGAGAUGGAGGCUAAGCUGCGUCAUGUCUCCAAGGAGCUAAGUGAGCAGACAGAGCUCCAGCACCGCACACUACAGAGGGCGCAGCUUGCAGAGCAGCAAGUCCAGGACCUGAGGGAGAGACUGCAAGGACUGGAGAGUGAGCUGUCGACAGCAGACAUGCAUCGUGACGGGCUGCGAACAAAGCAAUCAUAUGAGGAGUUCCUGGAACAAUUGUCAGAGACUCUGGUGGUUGACAGUAUUGCUCUGGAUCUAGGCUUUGACAUGAGGCUCAAACUCAUCCUGUCACGUGCAGAACAACUUGUCAAACAAGAAGGAACUGCUUUGGUGGAGAACAAAAGUCUGACUUACAGUUUACAGCGGAAGUUAAAAUCACAGAAGGACCAACUAGAGAGCAAAGGGCUCCACAUCCAGCUCCUGAGGAAGAAGGUGUCAGAGCUGGAGGAGGAGAAGAGGUGCCGGUCAGCACUGGCUAUGCAAAGAGAUGAUGCUCAUCUUGAGGCUCGGAGGCUGCAGAAAAAACUAGAGCGUCUCCAGGGCGAGCUGAGGGCCACCAAGCUGUCCAACACUGAGCUCAAGGCCCAGCUCUCCCACACUAAUGAGCUCAAGUUGAAAGUGAUGGAACAGAGUCAGACCGUGCAGGAGCAGAAAAAGAAGCUGGAUCAGCUGGUGGAGGGGAAGGCCAAGGUGGAGAAGAAGCUGAGUUCAGUGAGCUCAGACCUACAGAGCAGAGAGAAGAAGACCAGAGAGGACCAGCAGCAACUCAGCACCCUCAGACAGAGCCUGACUCAGCUGUCUGAGAGGGAGAGAGAAUUGGUGGAUUUCCGGAUGGUUGUUUCUCAGAUGCUCGGUUUGGAUGCCACGGCGCUGGCUCUCCCAAAUUAUGAAAUCAUCAAAUUACUGGAGGCCCUUCUUCGUGCGCACCAUCACCACCACCACCUUCAUCACCACGUGAAUAUGCCGUGGCACUGUCCUACUCACCAGAGGCCUCAUCUCCCCCAAAUUCAGGAUCUUCCUAACAGCUCCUCCUUCGAUCUUUCUACGUCCAGGUCUGCUUGUCCAGACAACGCAGUUCCCCUUUCAGAAACCUAAGAAACCUAGAUUUAUACAUUAUACUUAUGUCAAACUGUACUUAAAGGUAUUAUUGUUUCAAAACAGACCUUAUACAGCAUGAAACAAUCUCUCAAAACCACAUUUCCUUAUUUGUGUUUUCAGGAAAAGCUCAGUAUAAAUAUGAUUCACCAGUGAUUCACUGAGCAAAUAUUAGAAAUGUAAAAUCAAAAUAAUCAAAUAAAAAGACAGAUAUCAAAAUGAGGAUUUGGCAUUCAUUGUUUCUGAUGUUCGCAUAUACAUACAUUUUUCAUAGUAAUUUUUUGCCAAUAUAUACACGUUAAAUAAUCCUGGACUGUUAUACAUUUGAUACUGAACUGACAGUCAUACAAAAUAUACAAUAGUUCUAUAUGUCAUUAUUCUCAGUCGUAUCACAUAUUUUUAAAAAAUAAAACAGUAAAAUGUAUAAAGACAAUGGAUGAUUGAUGUUAAUGGUUAAACUCUUGAAUUGUGUCUGACUUUGAUAUUAAAAACAUACAUCUUGGCUUAAAUGAAUCUCACAUGAAUGAGUGUAAUUCAAGUUAAAAAUGGAAUUUUUUUACCACAGACACAAUGAGGGAUGUAGGUAAAUAAAAGCAAAGAUCAGAACUGCAUGCCAAAAUACAAGUAAAAAAAUAAUUGCAAUGUAAGAUAUAUUAAACUUUUUUUUUUUUUUAACAAAUUGUU